AUUAUCACAAAAAUCAAAAGGCUGGACGACUCAGACGCCCCAGAAGAUAUUGAUGACAUCUGUGACCGAAUAUUUGAAAUGGUGGACAAGAACAAAGACAGUGAGAUUUGUUUGGAGGAGUUUAUCGAGGGGGCAGAGAAGGACCCGUGGCUCCUGGAUCGGCUCAAACUGGACAUUGGACCAGUAGACUGGGUCUUCAGGAGAAGUCCUGAUGAAUGACUGAACACCGUGUCAACACUCUGCCUUACUGUUUGUCAAAUGCCUUGGUUUUUAUUUUCAGAGCAGAUCAUCUGCACUCAGACUCAUCUUUACAUUUACACAGUGUUCUCAUUUUUUAUUUACUCUUUUGUGUGAGAAGAUACUUCAGUAUUCAAUGAAUUACAAAUAGCUGAGUGUUCCUAAGACUAAAAUAAAAUAUGUUUGCAAUUUAUUACAAUCUGCUGCCUGCCCUGUCAGAAAUACACCAGACAGGACCUCAUAAGAUGAGAAAUGCUCAAAAUCAGAAGAGCUGGCUCUUCGUUUGUCUUUCUUUUGCUGGUCAUGUGACCAAUCACAUGCAAGGACCUGGGUGGGUGAAUUUAGUCUUCGGGGUCUGCCAUCCUGCAGGUUUUACCUGUUUCUCUGCUCCAACACCUGAUUUUAAUGAAUGGAUGAUUAAUUAUCUUCUGCAGAACUUGAAGAGAUGAUACAAUGUCUGAAUGAGGAGCUUGGAGCAGAGAAACAAGUGAACCAUGCAGGAGAGUGACCCUCCAGAACCAAAAUGUUCCAGCCUGAUGUAGGGUCAUAACAUGAAGACAGAGAGGGGCAGAUGUGAUGAUCCCCUCACAAUAAUCAUUCAAUAAAAAAAUCAAUGUUUGACUCAAACAUUAUAGAAAAGCAAGAAUGUCGGAUUUUGUAACAAAACAAAUACAAAAAAUUAGGCAAUUAUAAGACUUCUCAUGCAAACAUUAAAUGUGAAAGAGUUUAUCAACACAAAGUAUUCCUGUUUGCCAAGUUAUGCUAAAAUAUGAGGUUACAGAUAUUUAAGAGCCAGCUCUCUGAAAAGAGCCAAACUUCCCAUCGCUAAAAAUAUCCUCAUCUUGUUUUGUUCUAUUGUGCAGCACAGAAACCAGAACCAUGUGUGUUCAGCUGCAGCCAAAUCCUAAACACUACGGCAGCUUUUUCUCAUCGUAUGUAUUACAGAAACACUGAACAGAUCAGAGUCAGAUCACCAGACACCACAUGUCAUCAUGGUUUCAUUGUAACAGAAGUAUCCCAUGAACUUCUGGUGAACUUAAAUAAAUCUGUAAGUAUUAACAGGAUGUAAAACCUUCAGUCAUGGAGCUGAUCCCAUUCAAGAUGGCUGCCACAGCUGAUCAACCUCAUCAACACAAUAAAUGUGUUUGAAGUGUCGACUUCUUCACUUUACACUGAAAAA